UGAGGUUUAAGGAGCGUUUGUCAGCAGUACCUGGCUUCAGUACAAAGUCUGCCUGCCUCUGCUGUGAACUUCCUCUCUUUCGGAUCCUAUAAACAGAAACCUGCUUUCAUGGUCAGACUGAAACCUGGUUGACAGUGUGAUCCAAGAGCUGCCUUUUUAAUUUUUCUGCGAACUAUAUUGCAAAACAUUAUUUCCCACCACACAAAAGGAUAAGAAUUUUAGCAAAAAGUCCGUGCUGUCAGCGGCAUAUUUAUGUUUACAUCAGCAAAUAUCUGGUCUGACCGGCAUGUGCAGUUGAGGAGUCAUCAUCAUGUAGGCUAAACCUGGGCAUUCCUCACUUCCCUGUAUGAUGAGAUCCUUUUCUGCCUUGACGUAUUUAAGUCUGCUGCUGCUUCUUUCAUCGAUCAAAGCCUCUCUGACAGCCUCAUGCAUUUUUAAUUGCCAAAUUAAGCUUGGCUUGAUCACUAUUAUUAAACGAACAAGGUGAAAAGAUGGCCAUCACGGGAUUUUCAGCAUACGUGUGUUUGCUUAUUGCAGGCUGCUUCUGUUGCAGCAAAGCUAUGCCGACGAAACUCAAGCAGGAGGCUGUGAACGACAGACCUGUGAUCGGUGUUUUGACUCAGAUAGUUUCAGAUGAAGUUCUGAAACCAUUCGGGAGGACCUUCAUUCCUGCCUCCUAUGUGAAGUACAUGGAGUCUGGAGGCAGCAGGGUGAUGCCUAUCAGGCUGACUCUUAGUGCGGCUGAAUAUGAAACGAUCUUCAGGCAGAUAAAUGGUUUGCUUCUCAUCGGGGGAGCCGCAGAUCUUGAGACGUCAGACUUUGCCAGGGUGGCCAAGAUUUUUUACACACUCGCUCGGGCGGCCAAUGAUGCAGGUGACUUCUUCCCCAUCUGGGGUACAUGCAUGGGCAUGCAGCUGCUGACUGUGCUGGUGGCCGGUGAAAACCUGCUGACGAACACCACGGCUGAGAACAUAGCCAUGCCCCUCAACCUGACCACAGAGGCCACCUCCAGUAGGAUGUUCGAGGGUUUCCCCAGCGAACUUAUGAUGGCUUUGAGCCAAGAGCCUCUGACUGGAAACUUUCAUCACUAUGGACUUACAGUAAAGACCUUCCAGGAAAAUGAGAUGCUGCAGAAUUUCUUCUCCAUCCUGUCUACAAAUAUUGCUGAGAAUGGAGCCCACUUUGUCUCAACCAUAGAAGGUAAGAGAUAUCCCUUCUAUGGAACACAGUGGCACCCUGAGGUGAAUCGUUUUCAGUGGAACAGAAAGCUGAACUUUCCUCACUCCCGUCACGCCAUUCAGUUGUCCUCUCUGCUGGCUGAGUUUUUCUCCAAUGAAGGAAGGAGAAGUUUACACCACUUCGACAAUCCUGAGGAAGAGGACUCGUCACUGAUUUACAGCUACACGCCUGUCUAUGCUGCAAACUUCACAGGAUAUGAGCAGCUCUACUUCUUCUGAGCCUUUGAACGAUCCAUUUCAUCCACUUGUGUGCUGAUUCAAAGAGGCACAUCAUCGCACUGUGUAGAGGUUUCUGCACCAGCACUUUGUUGUUUUAGGCAGGACAUUCAUGUGCUGUUAUUCCUAUUAAAGUACUUACUUGCA